AGGUGUUCUGCUCGUUUGACACGGACGGUUCUGGCAAAUUAAACAUGACUGAGUUGAGUGACGCACUAUAUUUACUGGGAAUAGAUCUCACACCGGAGGAACUGACAGAAUCUUACAGAAUUGAUGAUGAUCCAGAAUCGUUGUCAGAAGAAGAAUUUAGUGAGUUCAUCCGCGGAAGAAUUGGGGAUACUGACUUUGCUGAGCGCUGUAGGGAAUGCUUGGAUACGUUUGAUGAAGAACAUACAGGGGAGUUGUCCAGAGAGAAGAUGAAAGAGAUCCUAACACAGAGGGGAACUCAUCCCCUCAGUGACGAGGAGGCGGAGGAACUUCUAGAUGAGUUUGAUGCCGACGGAAGCAAUACGUUCAAUAUUGAAGAAAUUGUGAACAUGAUGUACAGUCAAAAGAUGAACGGUAACGAUGCGCCACAAAUUGACACUGUAUGAACGAUGACUCGAUCCUCAUAAAAACAACAACAACAACAACAUCAUCAUCAUCAACAACAAAAAUAACAACAACAGCAACAGCAGUAGCAACAACACAUUAAACCAUAUAGCUAUUUUCGCAAAAAAACAGUGAAACGCAUAUUGUACUUAUAUACGCAAAUAUCUUUCUCAAAUAUUAUCAGUCUUUUUCUUUCGCACUAGAUUUUAAUAUUUCAUUGUUUAGCAUGUUUACAUGUCUAUUUGUUAACUUUAUGUCAAAAAGAUUACAUGCAUAUUGUGCUCCA